UGAAGCCAUCAUGGGAGAUGAAGAUUGGGAGGCAGAAAUCAUCAAACCUCACGUGUCUUCCUAUGUUCCUGUAUUUGAAAAGGAUAGGUAUUCUUCUGGAGCAAAUGGAGACACGUUUAAUAGGACUCCCUCUUCAUCAUCAGAAAUGGAUGAUGGACCUUCAAGAAGAGAUCAUUUCAUGAGAAGUGGAUUUGGCUCUGGAAGGAGUUUAGGAAAUAGAGAUGCUGGUGAAUCUAAUAAAAGAGAGAAUACAUCCACAAUGGGUGGUUUUGGAGGUGGAAAAGGUUUUGGAAACAGAGGUUUUUCAAAUAAAUUUGAAGAAGGUGACAGCUCUGGUUUCUGGAGAGAGUCUAAUAAUGACCGUGAAGAUAAUCAAACACGGAGCAGAGGGUUUUCCAAGAGAGGCGGUAGUGAAUUCGACCAAGAUGAGGUGACACAGCGCCCAGGUGGCCUUUUUAGUUCUAGAAGACCAGCAUUAACUGGCACAGGUAAUGGUGACACUUCUCAAGGCCGAAGUGGCAGUGGAAGUGGAAGAGGUGGUUACAAAGGUUUAAAUGAAGAAGUGAUAACAGGCUCUGGAAAGAAUUCUUGGAAGUCAGAAGCAGAAGGAGGAGAAAGUGGUGAUACUCAAGGACCAAAAGUCACCUACAUACCCCCGCCUCCACCUGAAGAUGAGGAUUCUAUCUUUGCACAUUAUCAGACCGGCAUAAACUUUGACAAAUAUGACACUAUUCUUGUGGAAGUGUCAGGACAUGAUGCACCACCAGCAAUUCUGACUUUUGAAGAAGCAAAUCUCUGUCAGACACUGAAUAACAACAUUGCUAAAGCUGGUUAUACUAAGCUUACUCCUGUGCAAAAAUACAGUAUUCCUAUUAUAUUAGCAGGACGAGAUUUAAUGGCCUGUGCUCAAACAGGGUCUGGGAAGACUGCGGCUUUUCUCUUGCCAAUUUUGGCUCAUAUGAUGCGUGAUGGAAUAACUGCCAGUCGUUUUAAAGAGCUGCAGGAACCAGAGUGUAUUAUUGUUGCACCAACUCGAGAAUUGAUCAACCAGAUUUAUUUGGAAGCCAGAAAAUUUUCUUUUGGGACAUGUGUAAGAGCUGUUGUUAUAUAUGGGGGAACCCAGUUGGGGCAUUCAAUUCGACAAAUAGUACAAGGCUGUAAUGUAUUAUGUGCUACUCCUGGAAGACUGAUGGACAUCAUAGGUAAAGAGAAGAUUGGUCUGAAACAAAUCAAAUAUUUAGUUUUGGAUGAAGCUGAUCGCAUGUUGGAUAUGGGUUUUGGACCAGAAAUGAAGAAGUUAAUUUCUUGCCCAGGAAUGCCAUCAAAGGAACAGCGUCAAACCCUUAUGUUCAGUGCAACUUUUCCAGAAGAAAUUCAAAGGUUGGCUGGGGAAUUUUUAAAGACCAAUUAUUUGUUUGUUGCUGUUGGACAAGUGGGCGGAGCAUGUAGAGAUGUUCAGCAGAGCGUUCUCCAAGUUGGCCAAUACUCCAAAAGAGAAAAACUCGUCGAAAUUCUACGAAACAUAGGCGAGGAAAGAACUAUGGUCUUUGUUGAAACUAAGAAAAAAGCAGAUUUUAUUGCAACUUUUCUUUGUCAGGAAAAAAUAUCAACUACAAGUAUUCACGGUGAUCGGGAACAGAGAGAGAGAGAGCAGGCUCUUGGAGAUUUUCGCUGUGGAAAGUGCCCAGUUCUUGUUGCUACUUCAGUAGCUGCCAGAGGGCUGGAUAUUGAAAAUGUUCAACAUGUCAUCAAUUUUGAUCUUCCUUCUACCAUUGAUGAAUAUGUUCAUCGAAUUGGGCGUACUGGUCGUUGUGGGAAUACUGGCAGAGCUAUUUCCUUUUUUGAUCCCGAAUCAGAUAAUCAUUUAGCACAGCCUCUAGUGAAAGUGUUGUCAGAUGCUCAGCAGGAUGUUCCUGCAUGGUUGGAAGAAAUUGCCUUCAGUACUUACGUCCCUGGCUUCACUGGUAGUACAAGAGGAAAUGUGUUUGCAUCAGUUGACACUAGGAAGGGCAAGAGCACUUUGAACACAGCAGGGUUUUCUUCUUCACAAGCUCCCAAUCCAGUAGAUGAUGAGUCAUGGGAUUAAAGCUAGAACAUCCAUCACGUCUGUGGUACAGUUUCGAUGCAGAGAAGAAAAUAGUUUUGAUUUUUGAGUUUUUAACAGAAGUAUGAAACCUGACAUUCUCAUAGCUCUGAAUGUCCUUCUGUUCACACUCCCGCCCUUAAACAAAUUCUUACUGACUAGUUAUAUGAGAUGCUAAAAGUUACAGCAUUGCAGUUACUAAACUUUAACCGGUGUUAACUGGAAACAUUAAAGCAUUCUAAAUGUC